UUAAAAGAAGGAAGAAGAUGAAAAAAGGUUGAAACCGAAAGAAGAAAAGAUAAAAAAGACUUUAAAAGAAGGAAGAAGAUGAGAAAAGGUUGAAACCGAAAGAAGAAAAGAUAAAAAAGACUUUAAAAGAAGGAAGAAGAUGAGAAAAGGUUGAAACAGGUUACCAAAUAAUGGGCUAAAGCUAAGAAUUAGAGCAGCAAGAUGAUGGAGGAGUAUGGCAAGGAGGGUCCCAUCCUUAGCAUCUUCCUUUCGGAAUUCCACAACAUUGCAGGCCCUAAAAUAGUGUAUCAGUACCCUGAGAACUAUGUCACAAAGGAGGUGUUUGAUGCAGUUUCUGUCUACAUCAUCCCAAAGCCACAGAUCCAGAAGAGGAUCAUCACAGUCAAUGUCCUCGGCCACAAGAUAACAGGCUUCCCCAAUGAGAUCAAGAACCCCAGGUACGUGCGCAAUGCCCUCAUCUUCAACCUGUGCUUCGUGUGUGACUCCAAGUCCCGUACAGUGCACUAUGAGCCUGCUGUCAAAAAGCUCUCUGAAUACCUGGAGAAUCUGGAGCUGGAGAAUGGCUUCCUCUCUAACGAUGACAGUCGAGAGCAGAUACCCAGGAUGCUGCGCCACAUCCUGGAGGAGCUCAAUGCACGGGGAGAGUGCACCGUGACACAAGGCCUCAGCACAUCUGUUCUUCAUCUGAAGGUGGUUCGCAUAUGGCCUGACCCACCACACGUGCUCGACCACCAUGUCCCCAUUCUGAUUUCAGAGGGUGCUCAGCCAAGGGAGCACUGGGAUUUAACCACACAGCAAGUGCUGCCCUACAUUGAUGGCUAUGCACAUGUAGCCAAGAUUGCAGCAGCAGCUGAUGUCGAAAGCAACCUGGUCAAGGCAUGCGUGGAGAACCUGCUCUACUAUGACCAGGUGCGUCUCCUGCCCAUCUUCCAGUACUCAAACAUAUACACAGUGACUUCAAACAUCGGCAAGCUCUAUGACAACCAUGAACUGCAGGAGGAAUGCCAGCGUGCCGUUGGGAAGAAUUCAACCUCGUUGCCACAGCUCUCACACAUCAUGAUGCUCUACUGCAGCAUGACCUACGGGGUGAGCGUGCGGGACCUGUGCAUCCGCUUUAAUCCACAGGCACUCAAUGUGGAUGAGCGGAGACUUAUCCAGUUCGGCCUCCUGCACAACCUCAUCCGGCGGCUGCAUCAGUAUCCAGUCUUUCUCAGUCCUGAUGGGGGAGGAGGAGGAGGAGCAGGAGGAGCAGGAGGAGCCCCCCCACCCCAGGGCACCCCCAGCAGGCUGAGUGCUAUACACCGGUUGUGCAACGGUUCCCACUCCUAUGAUGAGAUCUGCUGCCGGCUUGGAUUGACACACAAGGAACUGCAUGACAAGGUGGAGAGGGACCCCAACAUCCAUGUGCUGUGGAAGUGAAGGCAAAUCUAAAAGUUGAUUUCAGAGCAGAAAGCGAGGGGAAAGCGGGACUUGGAAUAGAGUUGGAAUAGGAAGUGGGGGUAAAGUAGAGAUGAAGUCUGAAGUGGAAAGUCUAAGGGAAGGGGGGCUGAUGAAGUGAAGAGUUGAGGGAAAAGGAAAGUGAGGCUGUGGGAUGUGAAAUAGAAAAUGGAAAGUGAGGAGAGAUGUGGCAGUGGAAUGGAGUUGAAGUGAAGAUGAAGCAAAAUAUGAAGCACUGAAAUUCUAAUUGUUUGUUUGUGUGUUGAAGUAAAAUUUGUUAUCUAAUUAUAUUUGCAUAAUAUGAUUUCUUGCAUUGUAAUUUCAUUUUUGUCUUGUGGAAUAUCAGUCUUUCCCAUAUUUGCUGGAUCAAUUACAAUUAUAUUCAUUCUAUAUGUCAGAAUGAAUAUCGACACGAGAGUAGUAGAUAAUAACAAGUGGCUUUAAAGACAGUGUUGUGCAUUUAUGGAAUACUUGUUUGGAUUUGUGUGCUUACUGUAUAGGUGGAAUGUGUGUAUGUAUGCCUGUGUGGGAAAUUCUUGCAGAUGUAUUUGUGUAGAGGCAAGAAAUGCAGGAAGCCCGUCUGGUAAUCAUUUGCUCAAACAAGGAUUUUGCAUUUUGAUACUGAAGCAGAAAUUAUUACUCUUCCAUUCUAACAAAUGUAGAAAAUGCUUGAAUGAGAAUAAAUAAUUCCACAAUAUAGGAUAUGUAACUGACAUUUCUACAUUGCCUCUUCAUCUGAAUCAAGUACUUGUAGUGAAAAUGCGAUAAUGAGACAUCAAUUGCAAAUCUUUGUGUGUGAAUUUAUUCAUUCUCAGUCAUACCUUUCCUAUAUAUAGUUAAGAGUCAUAUGUCAUAUGCCAGAGUAUUAUAUACAACUGGAUUUAUUUCAAUAACAUCACAUUUCUCUCUUUGUAUAUUACAGCUUGUGUCUGACAGAGUUUAUUAACUAAAUGAAAUAUGUUUAUAUAUGACAGACUGAAGUAAAGAUAUAUGUCUG